GGGCCUGAGCUGCCUGUGCUUUAUUCCCAACGUGAGAGGUGGCAGGAAGUCAGGUCCUCAUUUCGGGAACCUAGUACAACCAUUCUGCACGCGCCAAAGGCUGCUUAUAUGGAUAUUGAAGUAUGAGGGAAAGGCUUGUUUAUAUGUGCUCCGGAGUAGUGUCUGAUUUCAAAUGCCAGCUCAGCCUGGCGAUACUCGGUGAGUGCGCUUGAGCCACGCAUCGUCAUUCAGCCUCAACUACCUCACGGGGUUGUAGUGAGGGAGGGGAACAGGAAAGGGGAGAACCAUGCAUACUGAACAACGAAGGAGUACUACUACUGGUAACGUUACUUCGCACGUUCAAGGAGGCGCCGCCCUGGCACUGAAAACUGUUUGCAUGUUAAACAAGUCUUCUUUUUACCGAUUUGUUUGUCCAGCAGAGAGGAGAGCAGGGCUGUUUUCGCCCCGCUCCACUCCACUUCCCCCGCACCAGAUCGGCAGGUUAAGACGCUGCCAACAGGCGCUAACACAACCACGUUGCAAACUCAACGGGACCUGUUUGGAACUCCUCCCCGCCAGCCCCAGCUCCUCCUCCUCUAGCCUAGCACGGGACGACGAGCGAGAGAAGAGCGAGCGAGCGACAGAGAAAGGGAAGAGGAAGAGGCCGACGUGCCUCAACGGCCCAGAGUCUGAGCUGGGACGGCGGUGAAACAAGUGACAACGGCAGAAGGAAGCCGAGGCGGGAGGGCGAGCAACGGCAGCAGCGCCAUGGCCCUCCCAAGAGCAGCGUGACUUGCCGCACCGCAGCCACCCCAAGUGCCACGAGAACUUCUCCUCGAGAGAGGCAAACGUUUUCCAAGGAGCAGGCAGAGUCCGCGCCUAAGUGACAUUUUCACUCGAGUAAGAAACCGGGGAAAGCUGAAGAAAUGUUUAUCUCAGCCUGAGAUUUCUUUACAAAUUAAAAGCACACAUAGUUGGAUCUUACAGUUUUUGGGUACACUCUGCAUUUAAAGUUAUCUUGUAUAAACUGAGAAAGAUGAAACUUUUUAAAAACAAUGUUUGGUACACAUAUUAUUUUCCUCUACUUUUUCUUCAGCAAAAAUAUUAAUUAUGUAUUAUAAGGGAUGUUUUGGAGCUUUCUAAUAACGCCAUUGGUUCCUGAGUGGAAAUCUUGAGUUUAACAAAGCAGAUUGACCUCAGGACUUUCCUUUUGCCUUAAUUUUUUCAUCCUGUUGGAUAGUGUUUGCACAAGUGAAUUUUUACAAAAUGGAUAAAUAUGAUGAUCUGGGUCUGGAGGCAAGUAAAUUUAUAGAAGAUCUGAAUAUGUAUGAAGCCUCCAAAGAUGGUCUCUUUCGAGUAGACAAAGCAGUUGAGAACAACCCAGAAUUUGAAGAAACAAGGAAGGUUUUUGCUACAAAAAUGGCCAAAAUUCACCUUCAGAAACAGCGAGAACAAGAGGAACUGAUAAAAGCAACCUCAGGGGCUCCAAAUGGCGGGGCUGGUUUUGUUAUUCAGCAUCCGCUUCCAGGCCAUCCUGUAGCCAGGGGCGCUGCAGGAGCAAAUAAACUGCAUUCAGGAGAAAAUAAAGCAAAGCCCCCUUUGGCUACAUCAUCAACAGUGUGUGCAGGCCACCAGCUUGCCUUCCCAAAUCAGCCUCAAGCUCAUGAUGAUGGAGAGCGAGCAAAGUUAUCCCAAGAUGGCAGGAGGGCCAGUGGUGAUUAUGGAUACAGUGAAAGUCUGGGGAGUUCAGAUAUUUCUGGAGGACGCAGUUAUCAGAGAGCAGGUCAAGUGAACCCAUGUAGUUCUAAGACAUCUUUUUGUUCUCUUUCCCACGAGGAGCCAAGUAACAGUGAUACUCAGACAGGCAUUCAAAGUUGGGGAAGAGAUGCUGGCAAGUUUUCCAGCCAAAAAUCCAAUAUGGGCUCCCAUUUAUGGUCCAGUGUUAAUCAUGAUGAGUCAUUGCAGAGAAGUUCUACAAAACCUCAAGCGGAUCUCCAUCCAUACCAGCAGUUACGAAACUCUUGCAGGUCUUCAGAAAGUGGGUAUGGAAGUCAGGAAAGUGGCGGUGAAGGCCCUGGGCUUAGUCAAAGCUAUGAGCAAAGUCCAGCUUGCCCAAGAUCGUCAUCUUUCUCACACACCUGUACCCCAUUGUCCUCUUCUGUUGGUUUUGGUGAUGAAUUGCCUGCAGGAUAUUCACAGCAGAGAUCUUCCUCAUUCUGUGCUUCAUCGGCACACCCGUCUCAGGUUCUUUUGAAUCCAUCUGAUAAUUUUAAUCCAACCUGUGGUAUAGAGAUGUGGGCUUCUGGCACCUCAAAUAAAAACAAUGGUAAUAUUCAGUCAAGACAUAGUGAUAAUAAUCAGUUGUCAGUUUCUGGCUCACUUCCUGCUGCGCUACCUCCAAGUGUUGAUUAUCAGCAAACUAACACUCAUCCAAAGCCUACAGGCCAUUUUGUAGUCCAUGGUCAGAAUCACAGGCUUAAUUGUGCUGGAUCUGGCAUGAAUCCUCAGCAGAAUUCCGUUGGUACAACAUCUCAUGGGCCAAUGAUUUCUGAUGUUCCAAAAUCUCCUUUUAAAGAGGGCAUCACCUCUCUGCAGCAUGACUCUGGUCACCAAGAAACCACCACUUCUGCAAAAAUAAAACUACCCUGUCAGACACUCCUUCCCCAGCAGGAUCAAGGACCAUCCACAGCUGAAUUAAAAUUAGAAGCUCUUACCCAGCGUCUGGAGCAGGAGAUGGAUGCUUGUCCAAAGGCUGACUACUUUGGAACCUGUGUGAAGUGCAGUAAAGGUGUAUAUGGUGCAAACCAGGCUUGCCAGGCAAUGGGGAAUCUCUACCAUGAUGGAUGCUUUACCUGUGGAGCAUGUAGUCGAAAGCUGAGAGGAAAAGCCUUUUAUUUUGUUAAUGGGAAGGUGUUUUGUGAAGAAGACUUCCUGUAUUCAGGCUUCCAGCAGUCAGCUGACAGGUGUUUCAUAUGUGGCCAUUUGAUCAUGGACAUGAUUUUGCAAGCUCUGGGAAAGUCGUACCACCCCGGCUGCUUCCGUUGUGUGAUCUGUAAUGAAUGUCUGGAUGGAGUGCCAUUCACGGUAGACAGUGAGAACAAAAUCUACUGUGUCCGAGAUUACCACAAGGUCUUAGCACCGAAAUGUGCAGCAUGUGGUCUUCCUAUUCUGCCAAGUGAGGGAUCUGAUGAGACGAUUCGUGUUGUGUCAAUGGACAAGGAUUACCAUGUGGAGUGUUACCGCUGUGAGGACUGUGGUAUGGAACUCAAUGAUGAAGAUGGGCAUCGCUGUUACCCACUGGAUGACCAUUUGCUUUGUCAUUCCUGCCAUCUAAAACAUAUAGAGAAAGGCACAACUCCUGCAACUGCAUACCGGCACCACUACUAGUCAGCGCUGCCAAAGUUCCCAGAAGCCUGCCAAAGGAAUGGUUUUCCAGUUGUUUUUCAGGUGCUUAUUUCCAUCAGCUGGCACUUAGCAGCAAGAGGAUGAAGGAAGAGGCUUUUUCUUGUCUUGUGCAUUGUGUGCAUGAUUUUUGUUUUGUUUUGGACAAAACACACACAGUAUUUGCCAGAGCAAUUUGUGGCUCCUUAUGUGCCUUUUUGCUAGGAGAAAAUGGGGGUAUCGUAUGUACUCUUCUCAGUCAUUUGGGAGCAGUCUUUCAUAAGUAAAAUAAUGACAGAGUUCCCUAUUGAUCAUACCCCCUGUAGUGACAGGAGUACAUGAUGAAACACAGAUCUAGCCUGUAUGUUCUGUUGUUUUCAUUGUUUCCAUAUUCCCGUCAUGGAAGCACGCUGUCCAUGUCACCAGCCCGUCUUGGAGUUUCUUGCACCAAGAAUCCAUUGUGCCUCCUCUGGCAUGGGAAUAGACUGUCAGCAUGUUCUGACUUUUUAGUGAGUGUGGUGACUGACACAAUCAUAUUCUGAUUUUACACUGUAAGAAGUUACCCUUCUCUUCCUCCUGUUGGACCCUUACCCCACCUACCAAGCUCUGAAAAAAACACAAUUACAGAAAACAAGUAUGUGGAUGGGAGAGACUGGCCUGUUCUCAUCAUUUGUUUUAGAAACUCAGCCCUUCUACCUGUUCCCAGAGUUCAGCCACCAGCAUUGUCCACUUGUGUAGUGGAGAAGGAUCAAAAUAUCGCCAGGUUAUUGCACAGCAGGAAUGAUAACAAUCUUCUGUGCUGGUAUUUGCCAAUCCUCUGCAUGUCAAAUAAAUAAGCUUUUCUGAGAGAGAGAAAGGAACAAAUAAGCAGAGGAAAAGAUAGGUAACAUCAGCAUGCAAAGUGACACUUUUAUUUUGAAAAAAUCUAAAUUUCCUUUAUUGUGACCAACUAAGAUGGCAAAAUAUAGUGAGCAAAAGUCCACAGUGAUUCUUCAUCAGGCUGGAUAUUAAGUAAAGUGGCAGAGGGAUGGGGAAAAUGCUGGCUUGGUAUUAAAGCCAUAAGGUCUACAUUGGUAAAAAUUUAGUUUUUGUUGUGUAGUCUUAGAAGAGGUGUGGCUAUGGGGGCUGGCAUGAAGAGUGCCUGUACUUUAGAGCUUACUGCUACACCGCUGGCAUUGCUGAGAAAUAAAUAUAGGCACAAAGUAAGAGGGUUCAUGUAGCAUGCUGCCCUUUCAUAACCCCAUUCAUUUGGAGCACUUGGAACAACACGAGUCUGGAUUUUGUAUGGGUACAGCUUUAGGAUCUGUUCCACCAGCCACUAAGCAGACUCCCAAAUAAUCAGACAUUACUUUCAAUAAUAGGAUAUUCUAUGCUAUCUCAGAAGCAUAAUUUAACACCUGUUUUUGUCUUUGUACUCUUACGCCUUAAUUCAUAACUUCUACAAUUAAGUGUGAGUUUAAUAAAUUUGAUAUGGACUGUGGAAUAUUUGUGUACUUCUAAUUCCUAAUUUUUGAGACAAAUUGAAGCGGAUGUUAAUUUAAUGUUAAUUUUAAAAUGUUUACUGCAGAAGUCAAUGAGUUCCAUUAUCACAGCACAACCCAAACUUAUUGUGCCAAUAAACUAGUUCUGCAUCA